AUGGUGGUUUCAGAUGAGCCCGGCAAAUCGGGCGAGGCGGUCUACUCUCCCAGCCACAGCGGCUCCCAGACCACCUCCCCCGUCACCCUGCCGCCCCUCCGCAACAACAACCUCCACCCGCUGACGGGGGGAUCUAAGGCCGGCAUGUCGGACUCCGUCCAGCUGUCGUCCCAGUCGCAGGUCCACGUCAGCCAGCUGUUCGAGGACAACACCAACAAGCGCUCGGUGCUGACCUCCCAGCCCAACGGCCUGGCCCCGCUGGGCCCCGGCCGGCCGGGCCUGCCCCCCCCCGACCGGCAGGGCUCGGCCCCGGAGGCGGCCCACCACGGCCGGCAGAGCAGCGCCACGCCCAACAAGACCGCCGACGGCAAGCCCAAGCACAACACGCUGUCCCCCGAGCAGGCCAUGAAGCAGUUCAUGUCCAAAAUGUCCUCCUUUGAGCACCACGAGGUGUUCAGCUACCCCGAGGUGUUUUUUGUGGGACCGAACGCCAAGAAGAGGUCAGGGGUUCUGGGCGGAGCCAACAACGGGGGCUACGACGACGACCAGGGGUCCUACAUCCACGUCCCCCACGACCACAUCGCCUACCGCUACGAGGUCCUGAAAGUCAUUGGGAAGGGGAGCUUUGGACAGGUGGUGAAGGCCUUCGACCACAAAACGCAGGCCCACGUGGCUCUGAAGAUGGUCCGCAACGAGAAGCGCUUCCACCGGCAGGCGGCCGAGGAGAUCCGGAUCCUGGAGCAUCUGCGGAAGCAGGACAAGGACUCCAGCAUGAACGUCAUCCACAUGCUGGAGAACUUCACCUUCCGGAACCACAUCUGCAUGACCUUUGAGCUGCUCAGCAUGAACCUCUACGAGCUCAUCAAGAAGAACAAGUUCCAGGGCUUCAGCCUCCCGCUGGUCAGGAAGUUCGCCCACUCCAUCCUGCAGUGCUUGGACUCGCUGCACAAGAACCGCAUCAUCCACUGCGACCUGAAGCCCGAGAACAUCCUGCUCAAGCAGCAGGGACGCAGCGGCAUCAAGGUGAGGGUGCCGGCCCCCUCUCAGGAGCGGCCAUCCUUCGCUUUGCACCUCAAUAAAACCGUCUCCUUCUCCCUGACUACCCCUCAGGUCAUAGAUUUUGGGUCAAGCUGUUACGAACAUCAGAGGGUAUACACCUACAUCCAGUCCAGGUUCUACCGAGCACCAGAAGUCAUACUUGGUUCCAGAUAUGGGAUGCCCAUCGACAUGUGGUCUCUGGGCUGCAUUCUGGCGGAGCUGCUGACCGGCUACCCGCUGCUCCCGGGCGAGGACGAGGCCGACCAGCUGGCCUGCAUCAUGGAGCUGCUGGGCAUGCCCAGCCAGAAGCUCCUGGACGCCUCCAAAAGGGCCAAGAACUUUGUGUCGUCCAAAGGGUACCCGCGCUACUGCACGGUCAGCACGCUGCCGGACGGCUCGGCCGUGCUGAACGCCGGCCGCUCGCGGCGGGGGAAGCGGUUCAGAGAGAGGCUGCAGGACCAGCUGCUGCCUGGCUCAAGGGCAGAGGAGUCCAUCCACGAUGCACCAGCUAGUCCGUCAGAGAGAGGGGGGGUAAACGGUUAA